AGUCUUGCCAGUCACAUGGUUCCGGAUCAGCUGAUGGAUUCGAGGGUUGCCGGAGAGGUUGCGGUCGGCAAAAUGGAAGGGACGCUGGAGACGCAUUUGGAAGAUACUAUGAAGAAUCCUUCCAUUGCGGGAGUGCUCUGCACCGAUUCUCAGGGGCUAAAUUUGGGCUGUCGUGGCACCCUCUCAGAUGAGCAUGCAGGUGUAAUAUCUGUUUUGGCCCAGCAAGCAGCAAAAUUAACUUCUGAUCCAACAGAUAUUCCUGUUGUAUGUCUUGAAUCAGACUCUGGCAAUAUCAUGAUCCAGAAGCAUGAUGGCAUCAUAGUGGCAGUACAUAAAAUGGCAUCUUAAUCUUGCACAUUCACAGUAUUCAUUGCUCUUCAAGAAAUCACUUUUGUGGAACUGUCUUCUGCCAAUUAAUACAAAUGAGAUGUCCAAACUCAUGAAGCCAGAACCCAAUUGAAUCUGUCAACAUCCUCACUUCCCUACCUUGGUACAGGGUGUAUCUACAGAACUUCCAUCGUUUCAUCUUUUGAGUAAUGAAGCACUUUUUAUGUAUUGCUGGAGAGACAGCAACUUAACAGAUGUCCCCAGUGUUAGAGGAACGCAAACAAAUGUUGAGGACAAGUAAUGCAUUCUAUCUUGACUAAAAAUUGUGCAUCUUCUUUGAUGUAGCAGAAGAAUCUGUUAAGAAAAUCUUGUCUUCUUCCUU